AUGCCCCCCCGACCCGCGAUCCGCCCUCGCCCUCGCCCUCGCCCUUGCCUCUCCAGCCUCCUCCCCGGCGCCUCGCCAACCCGUCGCUCAUUCCUCAGCCUCCCCACCCACACCGCCACGCAAACCAUAACGGCCACGCGAACCCUCCCCUACGCCGCCCAACCGCUCUACAAGCUCAUCGCCGACGUCGACUCCUACUCCGCCUUCGUCCCGUACUGCGCCCGCUCCCGCGUCACCGAGUGGUCUCGGCCCGACGACCAGGGUCGCCAGUGGCCCACGCUGGCUCGUCUCCAUGUAGGCUGGGGUGGCUUCAACGAAGUCUUCACCAGCCGCCUGCGCUGCGUGCCCGGCGUGUCUGUCGAAGCCGUCAGCGGCGACCCAGCUGCCGCCGAUGCCGAGGCCGCUUCUGCCGUGUUUAAGAGCCUCGUCACCAGGUGGCAUCUCAAGUCCGUGUCGCGAGAUCCGUCGUCCCCCAUGACCCAAGUUCAUCUGACUGUCAUGUAUCAAUUCGUCAACCCAAUUUAUGCUGCCCUGAGUGCUGCUGUCUCCGACAAAGUCGGAGGCUUGAUGGUUGAAGCUUUUGAGAAGCGGGCUUCGGAAGAGCUAGGUCAGAUGCCAAGAGUAUGA